GGUGGGGGCUGAGCCCUGGCGGCCCCAUGCGCGGCAGCUGCCAUGGAGCUGCUCCGGGUGCUGCUGGCUGCCGCUCUGCUCCCGCUCCUGCCCCUUGGCAGGGCAGCUGUGCCACUGCCUACGCUGACCCGGCCAUUGAGCAUGGUGCUGGCUGGGCAGCGCCGGCAGCUGGUGGUGUGCGUGGUGAGCGACCUGGCCCCCAGCUCUGGCCAUGCCGUCUGGAUCUCCGGUGGGAACGGUAGCAUCCUUCAGUCCUUUGCCUAUGGGGCCUCCCAGGAGGAUGGUGGCACCGUCUGCUCCGUCUCCCAGCUUUCCAGUGACCCUCCGCGCGAGAGGGAACUUGCCUGCCAUGUGGGGGCCAACAGGACCUCCCCGUCCCACAGCUCCCGCCCCAUCCGCAUCACGGGCAACGAGGAGGCAGCAGAGCUCUGUAGCACAGCUGUGUCACCGGCCCCUGCCUUGGCAGCGCUCCUUAUGGCUGUCCGUGUGGUGCUGCUGAAGGUCUUGCUCUCUGAUGCUGUCCUCACCUCCAUCCUCCUCGCCCAGAGCUGAGGGCGUGAAGGGCUUCAAACCUGUGUCAGUGCUCAGCAAAAGCUUCAGGGAGCAUCUGGAUAACUGGACUCAGCACUGAGCACUCCUCCUGGCAUGUGUGGAGACGCUGCAGCAGCUGUGGUGUGGAGGGGGACAACCUUGAGAUCCAAGGGUCUGCAGGAAGGAGAGAUCAUCCCACCUCAGAAAUGGCCACAGUUGCCUCCCACCCCCUUGUGCCAGCAGAGAAAGGAUUGUUCAGGAGGUGCACAUAGGGCUUCUCAACGCCACUGGAGAAGCCACUUUGCUCUCUUCCUGCCUGAGGCUUCUCUCAACUCACAUUAGUGCCUGGGAGAAGACAUUGGCUCAUUGCUGUCAGACCAUUCCUGCUGAAGCUUGGCACUUCUUGUAAAGUGGGGCUCGAAGAAGAGGUGGCUCCUGACAAACAGGACCCCACAGCACUGGACAAAGCUUUCUCCAGCCUCCUGAGACCCUGUUUUGGGGGGAGGAAUAGCCACACCAUGCCUGGCUUCCAUUCCUCCCCAUUCCCACUUGUAAACCCCUGAGGUAUUUCUCCUGCUGUCUGUUUCUAUAGCUCUGUUGGGCUCUUUUUACAGAAGAAAUAAAGCCUUUUUUUUUUUUUAGCUUUAUAAAAAAUAACCAUGCACUGUGUUCUAAAUCUGUUGAUGAUGCGGUCUCUGCUGCAGGCAGAGCCCCAGGUUCUGUUCCUGGAGGCCACAGCCAGCACUUUGUGCUGUCACCCAGCCCACCGAGCCCUGCCAGCUGCUCAGUCCCCAGCACAGCCCCAGUGUCCCCAGGGCACUGAGAGCAGAGAACCACUACCCAGUGGGACAUGCUGCCAUCACGAGGAGAAGCUCUGAGCCACACUGGGACUUGCGUUGCAAAAGGACCCUGUGCUCUUCCAAAAGGAGGAGAGUAGCUUGUGGCAGGGAGGUAGAGGCUACUGGGGGGAAAGCUGCAGGCAGAACUGAGCCUGUGUGACUUCCAGCUGUGCCACAGCAGCUGGUUUAGUCUGAAGCUUUGGUUUGGGUGUUCCUGCUUCAAGCGUUCUCCAGUGGAAGCAGCUGAGCCAUUCCUGGUUAUUUCUUUGGAUGGCCAAAUGCCCGGUUCCUGGGCUCGUUCCGGCUGCUGUCCCAGGUGCUCUGUCACGCUGCCUGUCUGAACAGUGACACCCCCUAAAGCACCUGUGCUCUCUCCUUC